UCUGCUGACAUUUCAGCAAUAUAGUAUUCAAAAUUAUUAAACAAAAAGUUACUCUUUAUAUAAAAAUAGCUACCUUAAACUACCAUUAAUCUGAAAACCAACUUCUAUUUUAUGUCCUAAAGACCAAUUUUAACUUUUAUGUAUACCUUCUCUUUUUUUUGAGAUGAGGUCUGCACUAUGUUGCCCAGGGUGGUCUUGAACUCAAGAUCUCAAAUGACUCUUCCAUACCAAGGAGUGACAACAGCCUCCGACUUCAGCCGAGGAACAGAGGCUGUUGGCGCACGGUAGGGAGGGGAAAGAUCGCCAGAACCGAGAAUGACACACUCUGGGCGUUGGACAGCAGGGGUAACUGCUGGUUCAUCUCUCUUUAAAUCUGGCAGCACGUGGGGCGGCAUUGUGAAGCCACCAACCCGCCUCCCCCCUUCCACUCCGCACACGUACGCCUCCAACGCGCAUGCUCCGCUCACACAGUCCUAGCAGAGUAGGAGCCAACCCCCUAAAAAGUCAACCUGGAAGCCGCAAACGGCCUGAGGCCAGGACAGUGGGGGAGGGGGACGCAGGCUGCUCAGAGAAGCCACACCAGGCCGCCGCCCCGAGCCGGGUGUGCGGGCGCAGCGCCGAGGGUCUGCGGGCCUGCGCGGGAGCCGGAGUGGCCGCGAGCACAAAGCCCGAGCCGGCCAGAGAGCGCUCUCCCCAGUGCCCGCUCCUACCCUCCCCCAGCCGGGCGGCGCAGCCGGAGCCCGUGCCAGGCGGAGGCAGUCGAGGAGGCGUCCCCACACCCCGCCGGGCUCCGGACCCCGCGCCCCCGCGCCCAGGCCGCCCUGCCGCCUCUUUUGUUGUCGGCCGCAACUCCGCGGACCCGACACUGCCCGGGGAGAAGUUUUGCGCGCCUCCUCUACUCGACCUGGGCCCAACUCCCCUCGCCCGCUCGGCCCCCGCUGCCUGCCGCGGCCAGGACCCCCGAGCCGGCCACUCGCAGCUGCGCAGGGCCCAAAUGCUCCAGCUGCCCCGGGGGUCCGGCGGCCUCCGCCGCACCUGAGCCCGGACCCGCCCCUCCGAGAGGAUCGGCCGGCCCGGGACCGCGGCCCCUCCCCCGCAACGCCCCACCGCGGAGUGGGGGAGGGGGAGGCCUCCCCUCCGGGCGCCAGGCCCCGUCCAGGGCCGAGGCUGGGUCGCGCCCCCUGUGCCCUCCGGGAGGUGGGCCACAGUGCGGGGCCGGCCGAGACCCAAGCCACCGGCUCCCCGCCCUCGCAGGCCCGGUCCCCCUCGGCGCCGAAGGGAGGAAGCAGCGGGCACGGCUGUCCGCGCCCGCGACCCGGCGCCCCGCCGC